GUACGUGUAUAUAGCAUAGAUGAACGAUAGACAGUAUUUAAAUCAAUCCAACCGGAGCAUUUUAAAUGUCAUACAACAGGGAAGUAAUAUGUUCAGUAAAUAUGUUUACAAAGCUUUGCAUAGUUUGUAACUAGGGAGCAAUUACUACAUUUUACGUAAAAUGGACACGUCUUGGGCUAGAAGCGCAAAAAGUAUACCAAGAUGAUUUGAGACGUAAAUAGUAAUUGGAGUAUUAUUAUACGCCAGUUUCCAGAAAAUUAAAAAGAAGAACCAUUAACCAGUGGUACUAUACAUUAUGGCACUUCAAACCUUGUAUAAACAAUGAGAAUAAAAAUGGGAAAUUCGUCAUCCAAAAAUAAUGUGAAAAGUUUAAAUCAGAAGAAAAUUAAAUCUCACGAGAAAGAGGACCAAGUCGGUAAAAGGAGCUCAGUUAGUAUAUUGUCGACAGAGCAGACAUCACAAUGUUUGUUACCUGGAGAUGUACAGAUAUUUGGUAAUAGUACUGUUUUGCCACUGAGCGAAUACUCUAGCAAUGUGCAAGGUCGUAUGUAUAACAAGAGAAUUGAUGAAAGUACCAAUCAGCGGCGACCACAAACAUCAUUGUCACAGUUAUCAGUCGAUUCGCAGGAAUCUUCCGUUUUCAGUGGUAGUUUUCAAAGGAAGAAUGAAUACGAUCAGUUGGAUAGCGGACAUGACAAUGUUUCAGAAUCAAAACGACUACUGAAUAGCACUGUUGGUAACUCUGGUUUUGAAAAAAUAAAUAAAAUCGAAAGUAAAAAGAAAAAGAAAAAGAAGCAUUUAAGAAAAACAGUUGAUCCGCAGACAGAACCCGAAAAAUGGGCUGAUAGAAAGAACAUUACUCCAAGAAAAAGUGGACAUUUUGAAAAAGAACAUGAUACUAGAGAACUUACGCAUGAAAUGGACGAUUUCGACCUCAAGGAUGUUAGGAAACAACUGGCUUCAGUAGAGACAGGAAAGAAAGUAGCUGAUUUCCAGAUAAAGGUCAUGACUAUAAAAGCAGAAAGGCUUGCAAAAGUUUGUAAGGGUGAUUCUGAAAUGUCUUCUUUGGACAAGGACAACACUGAUAUCUGUCCAAAAGACUUCUUGCAAAGUAUAAGUUAUGUUGAAAAGUAUACUAUCGACCAAAAAAGUAAAAUGCAACUUUUGGAAAGAGAAAAGCAAAGUUACCUGAAUAGAUUAAGCAGUCUUGCAGGAGCAAUGUUAUCUGAUGAUAAUCCAAAUAUAACCGACUUAAACGACCCUAAACGACCUACAAAACUGGCUGAACAACUAUGCAGUAUUUAUGAUAAUGAUUGGACUGAUGCGAUGGAAAUGUUAGAACAAAGUCUACCAAACACAGAAGAAAAUAAGGAAAAAUGUGCUCAUCAUUUAUAUUGUGUAAUUAAGGUGAUUUACCAGACAUGUAAGCUUAAAGCAGACGUACAGCUGCAAGGAAUAACAGAACAUUAUUUUCUAUUAAAUAGUCCCUCUUUAGACCAGAUCAAAGGCUGGUGGCUUAAUUAUCCGUCCGAAAGAAAGAAAAUAAUUGAAGGCAGAAAACUUACCGCUAUGGGUGUUAUAAAGCAACUUCAGGAGACUUUAAAAGAUGAUCCAGUCUUUCUGCAGCAAAGGAAUGAUUGCUAUCCUAAACUUGACCUUGAUAUGUUUGAUGUUCUAUUGGCAACCUCAUAUUUCAAUAAAUGCAUAGCUAUUUGUUGGAAUCUUGUCAUACAGGAUCCUCCGAUGUAUCUUGAGACGGUCAAACUAGAAGGCAAAUUAUUGGACAAAGAACAUUACAAAGAAUAUACAAAAUCUGGAACCAAAAUAAAGUAUAUUGUGUGGCCCGCAUUAUACCUGUUUUGCAACGACAAAAAAGGUCCUUUGAUGGCCAAAGGUGUUGUUCAAGUCAAUUGAAUGUUUUCAAAACAAAAUAUGGAUAAUGUAAUCUAUAAUAACGAAUCUAGGUUUGAAAUCUUACUAUAUAUAGAGAUAAAAUAUUCCAAUCAUAGUAUGUGUUGUAAUUUGGCAUGUAUUUUUGUUAUUUUACUAAAUAAUGUUUACAUUUGAAUAAAUGAUUGUAUGUA